GGCCAAAAUGAUGGUAGGUAGAGAACUGCAUAGGCAAGAUAAUUCAAUUGUUCUUGAAUGGAUUAUCCAGGAUAGUUCGCAAGCGGAAAGUUAGCUCCUUGAGAAGAAUGCAAUGAAGAAUGACUUCUUGGAUGACGCUAAAAAUUUAAAGAAUCUCGGUAAAUCUUUCAAUAUGUCAACUGCAAAAGUUUCUGAAGACCCUUGGCUAAAUCCCCAAGAAAUUUUCCUGACUGACCUCAAAGACGACGAGGAAACAACAACAGCAGUUGAAGCUGUCAAUGCUGUACGGGCUGCUGAAAGCGAAUCGAAAGAUGAAGCAUGCAACGAAUCCGAUGUGGAUCAGGUUGAGCUUUUCGUGGGUAACUUGCGCAAGGAUGUCGAGCAAGAUCUGGUUAUAUCAAAACUACAGAGUCUAUUCUCGACUAUUAGCGUGGAGUUAAGCAUUGAAAAGUUUAGGCCGCUGCAAAGGGGUUCCAAUAAAGCAAAGCAUUUGUUUGUAAAGAUGGAGAACAUGGAAGAUAUAGAGAAGAUCGUGGACAAUUUUGAUGGGUACUCGGAUUCUGAAAUCGUGUUUGCGGAGCGAACAUUAAAAGUUUGUCCGAAACAUUACAAGCCAUCUAGAAAGCGAAGAAAAAGAAAAAGGAAAAACUCAUUAGCUAGAAAAGAAGAUGAAUGCUUAGAAAACAUUGAUUUUGAUAAACUUGAUUUACGUAGGGUGGAAAUGAUACGACGAUGUAUGUCCGCUCCUUGUAUUGUUGAACAGCAAAGUAUGGCAAUGGAAGAACGCAAGAGGGACUUUUUGGUGAUGGGUCAAAUAUUGAAGUGCGAGGACCGGACUACAGAAUACAAGAGAGGUGGUGGAAAAUAUCCAAGGAAAUUUCUAAUGCAUGAUGUCAGAAAGUAUACAUGUGCCUUUUUGAACAGUGAAGGAGGAAGCCUGUUCAUUGGAGUUGCUGAUGAUGGGAAAGUUUUUGGAAUUCCUUCGAACAGAAAAGAAGAAGACAUCAUUCGUGUUUUAAUUGACAAUAUAAUCUCCGGAUUUCAGCCCCCUAUUUUUCCCAAGUCAUACUGCGUGAAUUUUAUACCAGUCUUACCGCACGCAGACUAUGAACCAGUUGACACUAAUGACCACUGUUUUAAGGUGCUGGAGGUCAAGAUAUUUCCUCCUCCGGCAAAAGGAAAUUCCUAUUUAUACGAAACAGACAAAGGAGAGGCGUACAUAAGACGUGAUGGAAGUGUGCAGGGGCCACUCAAAGCUAGUCAAAUCAUUGAAUGGUGCAAAAAUGACAACAAAAUGGAUUGCGAAAACCAUUCUGUAAAUGAGAAGCUAGACGAAAGCUUGAAAUGUACUUCAGAAGAACACAGCUCCGGAGCUGAGUUGCUUAAAAUUACUUCGUCAAACCUGGAAUACCACGAAUUACAAGGACAAGUUUUCAAUCUAUCAUCCAAAGAGCAGUUUGGUGGGAUUUCGAUAAAUGGACGUCAUCUUGAUAUGGCCUCGUUAAAAAAGCUAUGUGAAAUUGAGGCUCAUAUAAGAGAGCGGCAACAAAAUAUAGAAAUGGAAAUCGGAGUGCUAAAAGACCAUUACGCUGCGCGUGAAAGAGUUUUACAAGUAGAGUUAGAAAGGGCCAAGUGCCUGCUUAAGAAGGAAAGGAAAAAGAGAAGACCAAAGUCAGCGACAUGCACGUUAUUAUGA